AGCCACAAAAAAUUAAAAAAGAAGAGAAAAACUCCGAGCAAAACGCCAGCCUAGAUUUCUUCUUCAUUUCUCAACCAUCCUUGAAUUUCAAUUCAACCAAAUCGUACCCUUUUCAAUGGCUUCUACGACUGCCUUGUGCUCUCCCACCUCUCCCCAGCUGCGGCUGUCUCUCAAUUGCAGGAAUUGCCGAAAUUCCACUACAAUUCUUAUUCGCUGUCGUUUCAAGAACCUUAAUCAUCCCGUUCGCCUUCUCUGCUAUUCGCCGAGCGGUAAAUGGCGUCUUUAUGGAAAGACACGGAUCGAGUCGAAAUCAUCGAGCGAUGCCUUUUCCGGGUGGUCCGGUUCGGCCGAUGAUGGUGAAGAAUCACUUGAAUCGCAGAGAAAGAAAUGGCUUGGAGGGAUGGUGGGUACCGGCAUCGCUGGAGUAGUUCUGCUUGCGGGGCUUACCUUUGCCACAUUGUCUCUAAGCAAGCGGAGUACUUCCAGGGUUAAACCGGAAAUGGAAGCCUUGACAACUCAGCAGGAAGUUUCAUUGGCCUCCAAUAAUGAGAAAGUUAAAGUUGAUGAGGAUGGAGACGGGGAGCGUGAUACGAAGCUAGAUGAUAAUAGUGUGGAAAACAAAACAGGUACAAAUAAUGUUCCUCCUUCUGAAUAUAAUGAAGCUCCCAGUGAAACUAAAAUUGCCAACAAUGAUCAAAUACUGCCGGUAGACGAUGUCAAUUAUGCAUCUAGUGCCGUUCAUUUUUUUGAUAAUACUUCCAUUCAAGAGAAUUUGCAACAUGAAUCAGCUUUCUAUGACACAUCAGUUGCAUUUGAUGCAAUGAAAUUGUUUGAACCAGAUAAUGUUGGCGGUUCCUUAAGUGCCCUUAGUCUUAAAUAUUCAGAUGAUAGCCCUGAUGCAUGUUUACUCGAAUCAACUUCUGAAAUCAGUAAAGACACCCUUGCAAAUUUUGAAGAAACCAACUUUUUUAAUCCAACCGACCCUGGCAGUGAUCAUCUGGAAGGGUUGCCUGGAUCAAAUAUUUCCAAUGUUUCUUCGUAUCCCACUUCUGCUACCAUUGCUCAUGUACCCACUGAGCCUGUGGCUGUGAAUAUAUCAGUCGGUUCAGGCACAUUUUUAAACCCCGAGAUAGUGGCCAAAGAUCCUAUGGAAGCUGUAUCCUCACCUUCAUCCAUGGAAAAUCUUGAACUCAGCAAAAAGGUACAAAUCUCAGGUGAAAGAAACAAUUCUUCCCUGGAAUCUCAUAACCUCAGUGAGAUUAGGUCUUCCAGAACAACAUCUGUGUCAGAAUCUGCCAAUCCAUUUUCAAAUGAAAAAGAGACAUAUCAACAAAAUGAAACUAAUGAAAUCAGGUCAAAUACUGUACCAGCUACUAGGAGUUGCUUCUCCCCUGCUGGUAUACCUGCUCCAUCUGUAGUUUCUGCAGCUCUACAGGUGCUCCCUGGGAAGGUUUUGGUUCCUGCAGUCGUUGAUCAGGUUCAAGGGCAAGCAUUAGCAGCACUGCAAGUGUUGAAGGUUAUUGAGUCUGGUGCUCAACCCACCGAUCUUUGCACUCGUCGAGAGUAUGCUCGUUGGUUGGUGUCUGCAAGUAGUGCUCUUUCUAGGAAUACAGUUUCAAAAGUGUAUCCCGCAAUGUAUAUAGACAAUGUUACAGAACUUGCAUUUGAUGACGUUACACCUGAAGACCCUGAUUUUUCAUCAAUUCAAGGCUUGGCGGAAGCAGGGCUUAUCUCAAGCAGGCUUUCUCAACGUGAUUUGUUUAAUGAAGAUCCUGGCCCACUCUGCUUCUCUCCUGAAAGCCCAUUAUCACGGCAGGAUCUUGUUAGUUGGAAGAUGGCCCUUGAGAAAAGACAACUCCCAGAAGCUGACAGAAAGAUCCUACACCAACUUUCUGGUUUUAUUGAUAUUGAUAAAAUAAACCCAGAUGCAUGGCCUGCACUUGUGGCUGAUUUGUCUGCUGGAGAACAGGGAAUAAUAGCACUUGCUUUUGGUUGCACAAGACUCUUCCAGCCAAAUAAACCUGUCACAAAAGCCCAAGCUGCUGUUGCCCUUGCAAUUGGCGAGGCUUCUGACAUAGUUAGUGAUGAGCUUGCACGAAUUGAAGCAGAAUCUGCAGCAGAGAAUGCAGUUUCUGCACAUAAUGCCUUGGUAGCUGAAGUUGAGAAGGAUAUCAAUGCAAGUUUUGAGAAGGAGCUUUCCAUGGAAAGGAGCAAGAUCGAUGCUGUGGACAAAAUGGCUGAAGAGGCAAGAAAGGAACUGGAAAGGUUGAAAGCUGAGAGAGAGGGGGAUAGAAUUGCCUUGACGAAGGAGCGUGCUGCUAUUGAAUCAGAAAUGGAAAUUCUGUCAAAGUUGCGGCGUGAAGUGGAGGAGCAGUUGGAGAGCCUUAUGAGUAACAAGGUAGAGAUGUCAUAUGAAAAGAAAAGAAUUAACAAACUUAGAAUAGAAGCAGAGAAUGAAAACCAGGAGAUUGCCAGGUUACAAUAUGAGCUUGAGGUUGAGCGGAAAGCCUUGUCUAUGGCUAGGGCUUGGGCUGAGGAUGAGGCUAAAAGAGCAAGGGAGCAGGCAAAAGCCCUGGAGGAAGCAAGAGAUCGGUGGGAGAAACAUGGCAUUAAAGUAGUAGUUGACAGUGACCUCCGUGAAGAGAGUGCUGGUGGAGUUACAUGGCUUAGCGCUGGUGAGCAAUUCUCUGUUGAAGGAAGUGUCAACAGGGCUCAGAAUCUGGUGGACAAGCUCAAGGCAUUGGCAGAUGAGGUUAGAGGGAAAUCUAAAGAAAUUAUUAAUAAGGUCAUUCAGAAGGUACUUCUCUUUAUUUCAGUUGUAAAGGAGUGGGUCUCAAAGGCUGGUACAAGAGCUGAAGAAUUAAAAGAUGCAGCCAUCUUGAAAGCGAAGGGAUCAGUACACAACUUGCAGCAAAGCACUGCAGAAUUUAAAUUAGCUGUCACUGAAGGUGCAAAGCGGGUAGCCGGAGAAUGUAGAGAAGGCGUCGAGAAACUCACUCAGAGGUUCAAAACGUAAGUUGUCCUCUUUGUUUUCCUUUUCUAGAGCACCAAUAAGUUUUUGUGCCGGCAAUUGCAGCUGAGAAGCCGGAAGUGUAAUAUCUAUUCAUAAAUCUGGCCAAUUUUUGCUCAGUUUUGUAGUUGUAACUGAUGAGUAGGGGCCGUUUAAUGAGCUCUUAGGCAAGGAGAAAAAUCUUGUCUUAAAUUCUAUGGAAAUCACUUCAAACCGAGUUAAAUGUUCAAUUUUGUGAAA